AUGAACCAGUUACGGGAAAAUGUUCAACAAAUCAACAUUACAGGAAGAAGAAAUAAAUCAGUAAACUUCGAUGAUGAAGAAAUAGAUAAUCGAUAUAAUAAUAAAAAUUAUAAUUAUAAUGAAGAUAGGAGCAGAAGUUAUAAUAGAGAAACAAAUUACCGAGGACGACAACGUGAAUACAGAGACCAAAGUCCAUAUCCAGGAAGAACAGAUCACGAAGGCAGGAACAAUUAUAGGGAAAAAAGUCCUUAUUCCGAUAGGUACAACAACUAUAAGCUCAGAGAAAGCAGUAGAGAUAGAUACAAUAACAAUAAAUAUAGAAAUAACAGUAGAGAAAUGAGCAAUAAUAGAGAUAGGUCUGACUCAAGAAAUAGGGAAAACUCCUACGACAGAUCCAGAGAUAGAGAUAGUUAUAAGAACAGAAAUCGUGAAAAUGACAUAAGUAGGAAACAGCACAGUAGGGAAAACAGCAGAGAAAGAUAUUCAAGAUCCACGACGCCGGAAGGAUUUAACAGAAGAGAAAAAAUAACAUGCUACAAAUGCAAUAAUAAAGGACACUAUGCUAGCGAUUGCAAUUUUUCAAAAAACGAAUAUCACCCGAGCAAAGAGAAAAAUCGGAAUAUCUUACUCGGGGAACAAAUAAUAUUUAUACAAAAGGCGACAACUCAAAAUUUAACAAAGAAAAGCAGACUGAGAAAAAUAAUUAUAUAG